AUGAGCAACGACAAAUUCGAGUUCGCCAUAGAUCGCGGCGGCACGUUUACCGACGUGUACGCCAGAUGUCCAGGCGGGAAGAUUCGGGUUAUGAAACUGCUCUCUGUAGAUCCUGCCAACUACGAGGACGCGCCACGCGAAGGAAUUCGCAGAAUUCUCGAACAGGAAACUGGAAAGAAAAUCAAUGGGGAAAUAGAUACAUCGUUGAUAUCAUGGAUUCGAAUGGGUACGACAGUUGCUACGAAUGCUCUUUUAGAAAGAAAAGGCGCGAGAAUGGCGCUCCUGAUAAACGAAGGGUUCAGAGAUCUUCUUUUUAUAGGAAAUCAAGCACGACCGAAUAUAUUCGACUUGCAAGUAAUUACACCGGAAGUAUUAUAUGAGAGAGUAGUCGAAGUUAAAUGCAGGGUGAUACCUGCAUUGCCUGGUAAAUGUCACUUGGAUAGUAAAAAAUGGCGCAGAGUGAAGGGAUCUACGAGCGAGGAUCUCUUUAUUACUCAAGAACUCGACGAAGAGAAAUUAAAACUAGAUCUAAAGGAAUUAAGAAGAUCGGGAAUUGAAAGUUUAGCAGUGGUUCUCGCGCACAGUUACACGUUUGCGGAACACGAGAUAAGAGUAGGUGAGUUGGCGAAACUGGUCGGUUUUUCGCAAGUCUCGCUUUCUCACGAAGUUAUGCCCAUGACGAGGAUAGUUCCUCGAGGAUUCACUGCUUCUGCCGAUGCAUAUUUGACACCGCAUAUUAAACAAUACUUGCAGGGAUUCUCCUCUGGUUUCAAAGAUAAAUUGAAAGGGGUGAACGUUUUGUUCAUGCAGAGCGAUGGCGGAUUGACUCCGAUGAAUUCAUUCAAUGGGUCUCGAGCCAUUCUUUCUGGCCCUGCUGGCGGUGUAGUUGGUUAUGCGAUGACUACUUAUGGUAAAGAGACCGAUUUACCGGUGAUCGGGUUCGAUAUGGGUGGCACCUCAACUGAUGUCAGUCGUUAUGGUGGUAACUAUGAGCACGUUUACGAGAGCACGACCGCUGGCGUCACGAUCCAGGCUGCACAGUUGGACGUGAACACAGUUGCGGCAGGAGGUGGAUCGAUGCUUUUCUUCAGGUCGGGUCUCUUCGAGGUAGGACCUGAGAGCGCUGGAGCCCAUCCUGGUCCAGCGUGCUACAAGAAGAACGGUCCUCUGGCUGUCACCGAUGCGAAUCUAGCUUUGGGAAGACUCUUGCCGGAAUAUUUCCCGAAGAUAUUUGGUCCGAAUGAGAAUGAACCACUGGACAAGUCUCGAACGAUGGAAGCUUUCCAAACACUUACGAAUCAAAUAAACGAAUUUCUAGCGACAGAGGGGCAUAGACCGAAGAUGACCGUCGAAGAAGUAGCAAUGGGAUUCAUCAGAGUGGCCAACGAAACUAUGUGUCGACCAAUACGAGCUUUAACACAGGCGAAAGGCUAUGAUACAUCUCGCCACGUUUUGGCGUGUUUCGGAGGUGCAGGUGGGCAACACGCGUGUGCUAUUGCACGUUCUCUAGGAAUGGGCACUGUCUUCGUUCAUAAAUACGCUGGAAUUUUGUCGGCCUACGGAAUGGCCCUGGCUGAUGUCGUGGAAGAAGCUCAGGAACCCAGUGCGGAAAUUUAUGAACAAGAAUCAUUUGCACGUCUGGAUGAGCGCCUAGAUGCCUUAGAAAAGAAGGUUCGAGAAAAGGUAGCUGCUCAAGGAUUUCCUGAUUCUUACAUAGAGACGGAAUUUUUCCUACAUUUGCGCUAUCAAGGAACAGAUUGCGCCCUAAUGUGCACCCCUAGUAAAAAUUCUGAAAAUAACGCCACGAAGCAUGGGGAUUUCCUUACUACGUUCUUGGAAAGGUACCAAACAGAGUUUGGUUUCGUUAUGCCCAAUCGAAAGAUUCUGGUGAACGACAUAAGAGUAAGAGGCACAGGAAAGAUUGAUAUCCAGGAAGAUCCACAUCUACCUUUCUCCAAUGUUUCACCAAAGGUAGAAAAGACUACCAUGGUGUACUUCGAAAAUGGUUACCAGGAGACCAAAGUGUAUCAAUUGCAUUCUCUCUCACCUGGCCACGUGAUUCACGGGCCGGCCAUUAUAAUGGACAGUCUGAGCACUCUUUUGAUCGAGCCCGAUUGCACCGCAUCGAUCACAUCUCGCGGCGAUGUGAAGAUAACGAUCGGUCAAGGGCUAAGGGCCGAGGUCACGACCGAACUGGAUACCAUUCAACUGAGCAUCUUCUCUCAUCGUUUCAUGAGCAUCGCCGAACAAAUGGGCAGGAUUCUUCAGCGAACCGCUAUCUCAACGAACAUCAAGGAGCGUUUGGAUUUUUCAUGUGCGGUUUUUGGGCCCGAUGGUGGUCUGGUUUCCAAUGCUCCGCACAUACCCGUGCAUCUGGGUGCCAUGCAGGAAACGGUUCAGUAUCAAAUGAAGGCUUUCAACGGUGAAUUUUCAAAAGGGGACGUGAUCCUCGCGAACCAUCCCUGCGCUGGAGGAUCUCACCUUCCGGAUCUUACUGUCAUCACCCCCGUGUUUUACAGAGACGUAGAGAAGCCAGUGUUUUUUGUAGCCAGCAGAGGACAUCAUGCUGACAUAGGAGGCAUUACACCUGGCUCCAUGCCACCACAUUCAACCUCUUUGCUCCAGGAAGGGGCGACUUUCAAGAGUUUCUUGUUGGUUCAGAAAGGGGUAUUUAGAGAGAAAGAGUUGACGGAAGCGUUGAUGGCACCUGGAAAGAUCCCAGGAAGUUCCGGAACCAGAAAUCUGUCUGACAAUCUGAGCGAUCUCAAGGCUCAGAUUGCAGCCAAUCACAAAGGGUUACUGUUGGUCAAUGAACUGAUCGAUAUAUACGGUCUCGAUGUGGUGCAAGCUUACAUGGGUCAUAUUCAACACAACGCUGAGGUUGCUGUGAGGGAUAUGUUAAAAUCUGUUGGCAAAAAGCUUCUUGAGCAAACUGGAAACACUGUAGCAACCUCGGUAGAUUAUCUGGAUGACGGAAGUCCUAUUCAACUCCUUUUGAACAUUGACGUGGACAAGGGCGAAGCUGUCUGUGAUUUUACUGGUACAGGGUAUGAGGUAUGGGGCAACUGUAACGCGCCUAGGGCUAUUACUCUUUCUGCGUUAAUUUAUUGUCUGAGAUGCAUAGUGGGUAGAGAUGUUCCUUUGAAUCAGGGUUGCCUAAAGCCUGUAAAGGUAAUUAUUCCAAAAGGGUCUCUUUUAGAUCCUUCAGAGGAGGCAGCGGUGGUCGGCGGCAACGUGCUCACGUCUCAACGCGUAGUUGAUGUAGUUCUGCAAGCUUUCGGAGCUUGUGCAGCGUCACAGGGUUGCAUGAACAAUGUGACGCUUGGCACUGAGGAAUGGGGUUAUUACGAAACUGUUGCUGGAGGCAGUGGAGCCGGACCAACAUGGGAUGGUAGAGGAGGUGUUCACACACACAUGACAAAUACAAGAAUCACCGAUCCAGAGAUAUUGGAACUUCGUUAUCCGGUUAUUCUUAACAAGUUUUCUCUUCGACCCGGAAGCGGAGGAGCUGGUGCUCAUCCUGGUGGCGAUGGUGUCGUUCGUGAAAUGACAUUUAGAGCACCCAUGAUGUUGUCUAUAUUGACGGAAAGAAGAGUACAUAGUCCACCAGGAUUAGCAGGAGGACGGCCAGGUCAGAAAGGACGAAACACAUUACAAAGAGCCGAUGGUAGAAGAAUUAAUGUAGGCCCCAAAACCGCGGUGCCUGUUUGCCCUGGGGAUACGUUCAUUCUGGAAACUCCUGGAGGCGGUGGCUACGGUUCUGCCGGCGAAAAAAUGCCAUCGAUGCAGAAAACAUCUCAAGGAUUCGUCGAACGUGGUAGCGUGUUCGAAUAUAGAAAAGCACAAGAAUCUGUAUAAUGUAUAUUCACAACUGCACAUACUCGUUAAUGACAAUAAUUAUUUUAAUAAUCGCACAAUAUUUUUAUCCUUGUAAUUAUAUCGACGAAAGACAAUAAAUGCAAAGCGAAUGAA